AUGAUCAUGAAGACAAUCACUGUCUUGUCUCUUCUCCUUCUUGCUUCCACACUUUCCUCUUCACUCGCUAGAGGUUCUUAUCAAACCCUUCUUCCAUCAGAUUUCAAUCACCGUAGUAAUGUGAGCUGUACAAGGCAUUUGCUCGAAGAAAUUGAAUCUCGGUCCAGUACUAGUGUUGAUUUGGCACAAGGUUAUAUGAGCAAUUCUGACCUUGAAAGGGCUGUCAAGGAAUUUGGACAAAGAUGCAGCAACAUUUCUAGGAUAUACAGUAUUGGGAAGAGUGUGAACGGAGUACCGUUGUGGGUGAUUGAGAUUUCUGAUAAGCCUGGAGAAGAAGAGACCGAACCUGCAUUUAAGUAUAUUGGAAAUGUGCAUGGAGACGAACCCGUGGGCCGUGAGCUUAUUAUGUUUUUGGCCAAUUGGUUAUGCGAUAACCAUUUAAAAGAUCCUCUGGCCACAUUGAUUGUGGAGAAUGUUCACCUUCAUUUACUUCCAUCAAUGAAUCCUGAUGGCUUCACCUUAAGGAAGCGUGGCAAUGCAAAUAAUAUUGAUCUGAAUCGGGAUUUUCCUGACCAGUUCAUCUUUGUAAACAAUGAUGAGGAUUCCAGGCAACCAGAAACAAAAGCAAUAAUGAAUUGGUCAAGAGAUAUACGAUUUACAGCAUCUGCAACAUUGCACGGGGGUGCACUUGUUGCAAAUUAUCCUUGGGAUGGUACCGAUGAUAAAAGGUGGACGUUCUACUAUGGAUGUCCCGACGAUGAAGCAUUUCGAUUCAUGGCAAGUAUAUAUAGCCACUCCCACUACAACAUGUCUUCAAGCAAGGAAUUUGUAGAUGGAAUCACAAAUGGAGCAGCAUGGUACCCUUUAUACGGAGGAAUGCAAGAUUGGAACUAUAUACACGCUGGCUGUUUCGAAUUGACGUUGGAAAUUAGUGACAAUAAGUGGCCUGUUGCUGCAGAGCUUCCUAUCAUUUGGAAAUACAACAAAAUGAGUAUGCUUAAUCUUGUUGCAAGCCUUGUCAAGACGGGAGUGCAUGGAAGGAUAUAUUCUUCAGGAGAUGGAAGGCCAUUGCCAGCCUUAAUUACCGUCGGCGGAAUAAAUUACACAGUUAGGGCCGGAAGAACUUUUGCUGGCUACCAUCGCUUACUUGCCCCGAGAGAUAAAUAUGAAGUAGUGGCAACCAUGCCUGGUUACAAGUCAAGGAAUACAACAAUUUGGUUAGAUGAAGGAGCUAUGACAUUGGAUUUUGUUCUUGAUCCUGAAGUUAGUAUGAAAGGGAGUAUACUACAAAAUGUUUAUGAUUGCAACUGUGACAGUAAAAGCAAACUAGAAUUUGUUGAGUUUCUUUGGGGAUCCCACUUGGAAGUUUUCUUUGUUUUCUUUGUUAUUUUAGGAUUUUUAUGCUUAUUAUUUCAGAAGAGAAAAAAAGUCAAAUAUUCAACCACCAAACAAAGAACUGUUGUGGUUUGA